UGACUGGUUGUGUCACUUGUUUGUUUCUACAAAUGAACAAAUAAACUCUCACUUGCUGAUGCUUGGUCACUUAAUUGUCUAUUUAAAUUACAGCCACACACUUCUUUAAAUUAAAUCUCUCUAUAACACCAUCCUUGCUUUUCUCCCCACGCACUCUGCUGGUCCAUUCCAUGUUUCUUAUAAACUGGGUAUUUUCAUUUGUUGUUUCAACUUCUUGCUGUAGUGCUUGAGUUUUUUGUGGAAGGUGAUUGAAUUAUUAUGGGACAGUUAAAAGUUACUGUUGUACAAGGGAAAAGAUUGGUAAUCCGGGAUUUCAAGAGCAGUGAUCCUUAUGUUAUAGUCAAGUUGGGCAAUCAGACGGCGAAGACCAAGGUUAUCAAUAGAUGCCUUAAUCCAGUCUGGAAUGAAGAGCUGAGUUUCACUCUUACAGAACCUGUUGGACUUCUACGCUUGGAAGUAUUUGAUAAAGACCGAUUCAAGGCAGAUGACAAGAUGGGACAUGCUACCCUUAAUCUCCAGCCAAUACUUUCUGCUGCUAGACUGCGGCAUGUUGUUCAUCUUUCUUCUGGCUCUGGAGAGACACCAUUGAGGAAGAUUGUUGCAGACUCAGAGAACUGCCUUGCCAGAGAGAGCUCAAUCAGUUGUAUAAACGGUGAAGUUGUGCAGAAUGCUUGGUUAAGACUCUGUGAUGUUGAGUCAGGGGAGAUUGAACUAACACUCAAGUUAAUCGAUUGUCCUCCUGUGGUGCAUUCAAGAUAGUACAGAACAGAACAAUGUGAUUGUAUCAUUGAGAUUAUGGCUGUAAUUUAGCAUUUAGUUAAGUGCAUUUUUAGCUGGUUUGAAAAAUAUUUAUCUUUGUUUAAUGAAAUGGAAUAUCAUUCUUCUGAGACUCUUAUCCAGAGUUUCUUCUAUGCA